UGGCGAAAACCGCUCCAAUGCUGACCGCGAGGAUAAAACGGAUCGCUCCGGGACUAGUCGUGCUGGCAAAUCAUGCGAUUUUUUAUAUUGGGGCUCGUCUCGAGAAGCUGGCAAUGGUGAGAAUAGCGGGCCAACUCACAAGGAUAACCAUGACAAGUCGAAGAUAAACUUCGUUGAUACGAUCAAAGUUUCCAGAGUACAGCAUAUCGAACUUGAGCUUCAAAUUAUCGAACAGAGCGGGAAAAAUCCUCUGCCGGAGUGUCUACAAAAAGCAAUGACUGGAGAUCUGUACGGAGUUUGGGAUUGGGCCUCGGAGUACUUACCAACGAAAGAUACAGACGUGGGAGAAGUUGCUCUACUAUGUAAAAGAUUUUUGGUUUACGGGGACGGAUGUCAACCAUUCUUGCUAAGAGGUCUAAAACCUUCAAAGACAAAAAAAUA